CCUCAUUGUGCCAAGGCCUGGGAAGAAAAGUGAGAGGCGCACACACACUCUCUCACACACGUUUCAGCAGCCGGCAGCAUGGCCAGCGAAACAUCCCAAACCGAAGACUUGCAAGAAGAAAUCCAUGAGAAUGGAGAGGUGCAAAGAGACCGGCUGGAUUCCCUGCCACUGGGUUCUAUGUCGGACCCCAGGAAAGAGGGAGAGAAUCAGGAUGCGUCUCAGUCCCAGAGGAGGAGUGUGGAGGAGGUUUUGGCCCGUGUCGUCCUGGCCCCUGCGCAGUGUCUCUGGACCACAGAGGCAGCUGGUUCCGUCCUGCUGCGGAUAGACGAGGACUGCACCGAGGAGCCCGUCACCGUCCACCAGAUGUUCCUGGCCUCCGUGCAGAGGUACGGUGGCCUGUUUGCCCUGGCCACCAAGAAGCAGGACAAAUGGGAGAAGAUGACCUUUUGCGAAUACUACCAGGGCGCCCGAAAGGCCGCCAAGAGCUUCCUCAAGCUGGGUCUGCAGCGUUUCCAUAGCGUUGGCAUUCUGGGCUUCAACUCGGCCGAGUGGUUCAUCUCUGCCAUCGGGGCCAUCCUUGCUGGGGGCAUUAUGACAGGGAUUUACGCCACUAAUUCUCCUGAGGCUUGCCACUUUGUGGCCAGUGAUGCCAGAGCCGACAUAAUAGUAGUGGAAAACCAAAAGCAACUGGACAAAAUCCUACAGAUAAAGGACCAGCUGCCUGAUUUGAAAGCCAUAGUGCAGUACUCUGAGCCUCCACAGAAGAACCUGCCCAAUCUCUACUCGUGGGAGGAGUUUCUGGACCUUGGAUUGAAUGUGCCCGAUAAAGAACUCGAUGACAUCAUCGACAGCCAGAGACCCAAUCAGUGCUGUGUUCUUAUUUACACAUCCGGCACGACGGGCAUGCCCAAAGGCGUCAUGCUCAGCCACGACAAUAUCACCUGGACGGCCAUCCACGCCAGCCGAGCAGGAGACAUGACCCCUGCGGACACGCGACAAGAGUCCCUGGUCAGCUACCUGCCCCUCAGCCACAUCGCAGCCCAGAUCUACGACCUGUGGACCGGCAUCCACUGGGGAGAGCUGGUCUACUUCGCACAGCCAGACGCUCUGAAGGGCAGUUUAGUGACCACCAUAAGGGAAGUGAGGCCCUCGUCCCACAUGGGCGUGCCCCGCGUCUGGGAGAAGAUGAUGGAGAAGAUCAAAGAGGGCAUCGCCCAGUGUGGCUACAUGAAGAAGAAGAUCGUGGCCUGGGCCAUGUCAGUGAGCCAGGAGGCCAACCAAAGGUGUGCCAACAAGGAUGGGGAGAAGCCGUUCCUCUUUGCGCUGGCCGACGGCCUGGUCCUGGAGAAGCUGAGGGCGGAGCUGGGCUUCUCCUGCUGCCAGAAGUUCUUCUCGGGCGCCGCCCCCAUCGGCAGCGAGACGAUGCAGUUCUUCCUGGGCCUGAACAUCAGGAUGUACGAGGCCUACGGCAUGAGCGAGAGCACGGGGCCACACUUCAUGUCGGGAGCCAGGGGUUACAAGUUACCCAGCUGUGGUAAAGUGGUCCCAGGCUGCAAAGCGAAGCUGGCCGACGUGGACGCUGACGGGACCGGGGAGGUGUGUUUCUGGGGCCGCAACGUCUUCAUGGGCUAUCUGAACAUGGAGGACAAGACCAGGGAGGCCCUGGACGAGCAGGGCUGGCUGCGGUCAGGUGACCUGGGCAAGAUGGACGCCGAGGGCUUCCUCUUCGUCACAGGAAGGAUCAAAGAGCUCAUCAUCACGGCGGGUGGUGAGAACAUCCCCCCGGUGCCCAUCGAGGAGGCCAUGAAGCAGGAAUUGCCCAUCAUUAGCAACGCCAUGCUCAUCGGAGACAAGAGGAAGUUCCUGUCCAUGCUGCUCACCUUGAAGUGCCUGAGCAAUACGGAGACCAUGGAGCCGACGGAUGAGCUGAGCCUGGAGGUGGUGGAGUUCUGCCAGGCGCUGGGCAGCCAGGCCACCCGCGUCUCCGACAUCAUCGGCGGCCGGGACAAGGCCGUGUACCAGGCCAUUCAGGAGGCCAUCGGCCGGGUCAACGCCAGGGCCACCUCCAACGCCCAGCGCAUACAGAAGUGGACCAUACUGCCCAGAGACUUCUCCAUCACAGGAGGAGAGCUUGGCCCAACCAUGAAACUACGCCGCCCUGUUGUCUUGAAGAUGUACCAGAGUGAGAUUGACAACUUCUACAAAGAGUGAAACCCAGCAGCCGCGGCAGGCAGGAGUGUGGCUCAGCAUCUCAUCUCCUGGACCCCCCGCAACAAACUCCUCUAAUCGGACUCAUGGACCAGCUAUGAGAUUAGGAGUGCUUUACAAUAUGUGACCUUGCCUCCUUCACUUGUGCUUUUCUCCUCGUACCAGGAAAUAAUAGGUCAUGAUGACAUCACUGACAACAGCAUUAUAUUUCAAUAUCUUGCAAAAGCUCAAUUGUAGAGUCUUUUUUUCUCAUUUGCAAUCGGGAUGGUGAAUGAAAAACAGUCCCUCAAAAGUUGUUGUGGCAAGCUUGACAGCUGGGAAACUUUAUCGUUUUCUCCACGGAGGGGGGGCCAGGAGGCAGAACGAGGAGACAAGCACAAGUGGAGGAGGCAAGGUCACAUAUUGUAACGCACUCUAGGUCUACAGAAGACACCAGGCGAUGACAACCAUCUUCUAACCAAGUGCCUUACUUCAUAGGACUACUGACAACCACAUAUUAGAUACAGCAACCGAACACACUGGUGUCACACACUGGUUGUCCAAGGGAUUUUAACUGGAAUAUAUCUGUUCCACACUUCACUGUUGUAUGUUUUGUGUCUGUACUCUACACAGUGUGAUCAUCAGUAAACGUUUCAGAGAAUAGCCCUGCAAUAGACAAACGGGAUGGACGAGUGUUUCGUUGUGAUUUUCUCGUGUAAAUAUAUUUGAUGCAACUCUGAUGACAAUAAUAGAUCCACCAUCAUGAAUGAGUACCUCUGAUGAAGAGUGGAAGGCAUUUGCCCAUGAGAUCACAGGUCUAUUUAAUAGGCACUGACCAGUACAGUUACUGGCAGUGACCGACAGUGUAUCAGAACACACCGAAACGGCCGUCCAGAAUGUAUGAGAAAAAGGUUACCACAGUAGCUAUUAAUAUUAAAAAGGUUAGCAUGCAUGGUAUUUUUUUCUAAAACUGAAAACCUCUGGCACAAAAAGCUCACUUUUGUUUGGCAUUUUCUGUGAGAGUGCAGUCUAGUUAUUAACGUGAAAUCAUUGACAUGCAGAUGCUCUAUUGUUUGCGAACCGUUUUCCCUUUCUACGGCAAGAAAACAGACCCAUUUGAUUGAAAAUAUCAGUAACUUUUUUUUAAUGUAUUGCAAAUUUGAAACCGGACAACUUUGCACUCUGCCAUUAGUCAGGCAGGCAACAAUAUGUUAAAAUGUACCAGACUCUGGGCUGAAUCCAGUAAAUAAAUAAACCAUUUUUAGAUUAUGCAGCAUAAAACUCAUCUCACAAACA